AGGGAGCGGUAGAUGCUGAGAAUCACGCCCAAGGUCAGCCAUGAAAGUCUUACACGUGCCGCCCUCAAGUUCAAUGGCAUGUCGCCCCCCUUAGGGUAGCUGUUUGCUUCAGGGCCACCGUCAUCGGCGAUGUAGUCUGCCUAUCCUCAUCUAGCCGGAGUCCAACAUUACCGAUACGAAUGAGUACUCCUGGAGCCCCCCUGGAUUCCCCCGCUCAUCUCUUGGGACAAGGCAUGGGUAUCGAAAGCAUACGGAGUUGUUCUUGGUGACAUAUGGCGGGGAGGUUGUUGCGGCGGGACCACCGUUAGGGUCAAAGCUCUGGAUGUCCAGCAGUAUCAACAUCACGAAGCCGGCUGUGUUGCAGGGCUGCAAGAAGCUGCAAGGGGCUCUAAUUCAUAGAUGGCUAUCUAUUGAUCCUAUCCUGAUCAUUAUUAUACUCAGCUUGGUGUUGCAGUUGCUCAGUGCCUCUGCAGCGUGCCUGUUCGUCCCCUGUGCCACUGCCACCGAUAUUUUUGUCGUUGCUGCUCUCUUCCGUAGCCCCCCACAACGCGUCAUUAGAGUAUAAAUAAAAGUUUCUGC